CUUCAGAAAUGGCUCUUAGUCUUAGUCCAAAGAAUAAUUCUCCUGGUAAACUUGAUCUACUAUGGUUUAGAGAAGAAUAACUAUAAGAAGGAUAUAGCAAUGUUUUCAAGAGCAGGAAAGCUCACUUCAAGCCAGUAUUUGGUCUUUUCCUCUCCAAGAGAGCCUCAGAUAGAGAACCAAGAAAUAUUUGACGAGAAUGAUGUUCUUUCGCUUUACUCAAAAAAAGAUGACAAAGAGCAGAAUAUAUUAAAUUUCAACUGAAAGAAGGCUAAAAUGGGAAAGAAACAGAAGAAGAAGCAAAAUAAGAAAUGUUGAGAUGCAGUGUUUAAAUCUAUUUCAAGGGAUAAAUGGAGCAAAAUAUUUGAACCCAAAAUAGAAAAACAUAGCUUCUGUAGCUACAAAGUUAUUGAGAAGCAAAAUACAAAUAUUAUUUUAGAUAAGCUAAAAGAAGAUCAAAGAGAUAUGGAGAAACAGUCAAAAUAGGGUUUCAAGAAUAAGUUCUCCAAAAGUCCCUUUGUGAGGUCGACUUAGCAAAGCUCUUGAAGAGAGAAAGCCAAGAGUUGGCUUAGUAAAUAAGAUUUUUAGGAACAGAAAUGUUUCUAAUAAUAUUAAAAAAUAUCAGAAAAAUUUCAUGUCGAUUCUGAAAUCUGAGGAAAGUGUAGAAAGUUCAAUAGAUGAAGACUCGACUAGUAGACAUCUUAAUAGUUCAAUGGAAGAUACGAGUACUAAUAAUCUUAUAUCAACUAACAGACAUAAACUCAACAAAGGUGAAAUUACCAAGAGAUUGCACCAAAACAAUUCUUUUAAACAUCCUGGUGCUCAGAACAAAUUUAAACUCAAAAUGGGACGAAAAUAACAAGGCUCCUUCCUUCAUGAACACUAUUGACAUGGAGUCUUGAAAGUAAACAGAUUGAAGGUUUGAAUAUUGGGCAAUCUAAUCAUCAACGGAAUGAUAAAGCAAAGAUAUACAAUUCAUUUGAUUCUAGAGCCAAGGAUUCUUCUUUCGGCUAUAAAAAUAAGAUACUUAAUAAUACAUACCACUUAGUUAAGUCUAAGAGGUCUAACGAUAUGGGCAAGUAUCAAAUAAUCACAUCUCAACAGCCCAAGAUAGGCAAUAAAAACCAUUAUCUUGAUUUCAGUAGAAAUAGAGGAAGAGGUACUGGGUUUUUAAACCCUAUUACAAUCAAUCAGAAAUUGUUUAACGGCAGGGUAAAAUCUACAGAAGAACCGUACGAUGCCUUGAAUGACAUCAAAUAUAAUCCGAAAUUUAAAUCAAACAUUCCAAGCAUUGAUAUUAAAAAGCACAAAAGUAGAAAGAUCGAAGAGUUUUUGCAGAAGGAUACAUACUGAAAGAACGAUUAUGACAUCUCCUCACAUGAUCAGCUAAUGAAGAACCUUAGUAGAGUUGUAAAGUUUGAAGGGUACUCAGAAAGGGCAUAUAAGGGAUCAAUAUAUCAGAAAGAGCAUUCUCCAGAUCUAUGGAAUUAUGAGAAGGUAAUCAAAGCCAAAGAUAGUAUUCAAAAGAGGACUAAUCAUAAAGUUACAGGAUCUUUUGAUAAACAGCUGGAUAGAUAUAUUAAAAAAUGUCCUCAAAGGAAGAAGAAAAUUAUUUCAAUUUAUCAGCAAAGAGGCCGUAAAUUUAUCACAGGGAAAAUCAGGCAUAAUGAAAAUUCAAUAUAAU